UGUACUUUAUUCCUGACAAUUAUUCUUGACAGCUCUCUUUUGAGUCAGGAUUACGUUCAGUGUGCGCACUUCAAGAUAGCCUACUCGGUGCUGUCUGGAUGAACUCAUGUGUGACAUCUGGGAUUCUUUUAUUUGCAUUAUGGUAUUUUUUGGUUUGGAGUGAUGCUGGUCUGUUAUAUAAUGGCAUGGGGACACUCAUAGGCUGGGAACAUUUGAGUUCAUGAGGAUCAGGGGUCAUUGUGAAAGAGAGAAUCUGAUCAUGCAUUAAUGUGUCAGUAACAUGCAUCAGGACUGACAAUUAACAGGAUUACUACCCAAUUAAAACUGAAUGAGACAUCAUGCUGGGGAAUGGAGGGUUAUAUACUGUGAAGAAGAGGAAGAGACCUGCUCACAAGAGUUGUGGCCUUGAGACUAAACAUGACGACGGCACCAAAUCAAACCCUUCAAAGCGUCACAGAGACCGGCUGAACGGGGAGCUGGGCAAACUGACGGCUCUUCUGCCGCUGCCAGAGGAGGUCCGAGCCCGACUGGACAAACUCAGUGUGCUCAGACUCAGUGUGGGAUACCUCAAGAUCAAAAACUACUUCACUGCUAUCAGAGUCCCUCUCAAUGUCAGAGCGCUCAAUUUUCAGGGACGGCUGAAAUAUCUUCACAGACAAGACCGGACCACAGAGGGCAAAGAGCUCGCCCUGUUUGCCACCGCCACCCCCGUUCAGCCCCCUGCUCUCCUAGAAAUCAGGACCAACACCCUCUUUUUCCAGACCAAACACAAACUGGAUUUUACACCAGUGGGUGUGGACACCAGGGGGAAGGUGGUUCUGGGUUACACUGAGCAGGAGCUGUGCAUGAGAGGAUCUGGAUAUCAGUUCAUCCAUGCUGCUGACAUGAUGUACUGCGCUGACAAACACUUACGCAUGAUGAAAACAGGAGAGAGCGGUUUCUCCAUCUUCAGGCUCUUGAGUAAGACCGGCGUGUGGAUCUGGGUCCAGGCCAACGCUAGAAUGGUGCUCAAGGCAGGCAAACCCGACUUCAUCAUCUGCCAUCAGAAACCCUUGACAAAUGAAGAAGGCGAGGAGCAACUCCUUCAAAGGCAACUGCAGCUUCCCUUCAACUUUGCGACUGGAGAGGCUCUCCUGUACGAAACCUCCCCCUCUCUGAUGAUCCCGGGGCUGCAGGAUCAUCCAUCCAGCACCGCCGUACAUCCCGACUCCCUCCUGGGCUCCUUACUGAGUCAAGACCUCUCCGUCUACAACCGGCCCCCGGAGCCAGCAUCUCACUUCUCUCGGAAGGACGUCUUCAUGGACAGCCAUGCCCUGCUCAGCGUUCCCAACAGCAUCCGAUGGGCUUUCACCUCCCAGGCCAUGCCAGACUCUCCAGACAUAGAUGACAGGGUCCUUAAAGAGCAGCUGAAGGAAAAGGAAGAAGCUCUACUGCAGCUACAGGAAGAGGAACCCAUCCAACUCAAUGACAUUCUGGCCAAUGAUAUUUUCUCAUAUGUUGAAGACGCUCUGUUGAGAGAGACUUCAGCCAGAGGCAUCAGCCAGAACAUGUUAAACGGUCCUACAUCUCAAAGUGACACCACUGGGCGGCAACAAAACUCUGUGUUGCCUGGCAACCCGAUAAUGAGAUGCGAAUAUUCAUCAUCUCAUUCACAGAAGCUCACAGAAUCAGACUUUUACGGGCAAAAAGCACCAGAAAGAGAAUGUGCAAAUGACUCGCUGGACCUUUUUGGCACUCUGAAAUCUUUCCCACAUCCUCCAAACUCCUGUAGUUCUAUUCCAGGCCAUUUUUCCAUCCCAUUUCAUAAUAAUCACUCUUCCUCUAUAGAAAAGACUGGCAUGGUGUUGUCAGAUCCAUCCCAAAACAAUCCUCUUUCUCAAAGUGUCCCCAGUCGGCCGUUUUCCGUAAACAUCCAGCAUGCUGUUCACCGAGGCACCCUGCCGCCAUGGCAACCGCAGCAGCAUGCCAUCCCAUUAACCCUGCAGAGAUCCCACUGUGUUCAGAAUGGCUGUGUUAUCCACAAUCCACCUGUAUCGCAGCACCCACAGGACAUUCAGUCACAAACAGAACUGUGCAGCCCAUAUACAAUGAAUCACAGUCAGAGAAGCCACAUAUCCCAGAAUUCAUCAUUGUCCAGUAGUAGUUUCUCAUAUCAGAGAUGCACUUUGUCCUCUAAUGAACCUUUUUCCCAGUUACACGUCUCUGGAUCUAUGAAUACGGACUGCAGCUGUGCCUCCUGUCCCGGGACAUCUGGACUGAGCUAUUAUUGAAAAGUAUAAACACUCUGAUCUGAUUUAAUCAUCUUGAGUGUGACACUCAGGGUCCAUAUUAACAUAGCUGGAAUAAAACCGUAAUUUAAGGAACCUAAAAUUGACUUGAACAAACAUUUGAGGAGCAAAAUCACAUCAUGGUGAAUUCUGGGAUGCUUUUUAAAUACUAUUGAAGAACUUCACAUGCAUACUGGACAAUUGAUGAUGCUUGUUCACUAUCUGCUCCAAAAUUAUUUAGAAAUGUUUGUACAUGUGAUCAUCAAAUUAGCAUGUUUUGUUCUGUAAAGAAAGUCAUACGUAGACCAGUACUGUUGUUGUUAAAUAAAAUGAA